GACAAGAUGGCGAACAAAAUUAUUCAACAUCAGCAGCAGCUAUUUCGUUUACUGGCUACUCAGUAACAUAUUCACGAUGUCUUACUACAAAGUCAGACAUGUAAUAUUUGUAACGCUCUAGAAAAGAUCACGCGACCCUGCUAUGAAAUAGGAAACCAGAAGUUGUUCGACUUGCCCGUCCUGUUCUGACGUACAAAAAGUGCGACUUGCAGCGACAAUUUAGGUGCAUCAUCCAAGAAUGGGUACCCAGGUUAAAGAUGUUGUUAUAAAACCUGAUGCGCCAGCUACACUGCUGCUGGAGAAGCAUGCAGACUACAUAGCAGCUUACGGAUCGAAGAAGGAUGAUUACGAAUAUACCAUGUCAGAAUAUUUGCGAAUGAGUGGCAUCUAUUGGGGUUUAACAGUCAUGGAUCUCAUGGGGCAACUCCAUCGAAUGGAUAAGGAAGAAAUCACAGAAUUCAUCAAGGCUUGCCAGCAUGACUGUGGUGGGAUAAGUGCUAGCAUAGGGCACGAUCCUCACUUGCUUUAUACUCUUAGUGCUGUGCAGAUUCUUAGCUUAUAUGACAGUCUCAGUGCUAUAGAUGUAGAUAAAGUUGUUGAAUAUGUGAAGGGACUGCAACAAGAAGAUGGAUCCUUUGCUGGGGACAAAUGGGGUGAAAUAGACACAAGGUUCUCUUUCUGUGCAGUAGCAACACUUGCUUUACUGGGAAAACUGGAUGCUAUUAAUGUUGACAAAGCUGUAGAGUUUGUCUUGUCCUGUAUGAACUUUGAUGGAGGGUUUGGCUGCAGACCAGGCUCUGAAUCUCAUGCAGGGCAGAUUUACUGCUGUACAGGAUUUUUAUCUAUAACAGGCCAGCUGCACCAAAUAAAAGCAGACUUGCUGGGCUGGUGGCUGUGUGAAAGACAGCUACCAUCUGGAGGGCUGAAUGGGCGGCCAGAGAAGUUACCAGAUGUUUGUUAUUCAUGGUGGGUGCUUGCUUCAUUGAAAAUUAUUGGAAGAAUCCACUGGAUUGACAAAAACAAACUAAGCAGAUUUAUCUUGGCCUGCCAGGAUGAGGAGACUGGGGGGUUUGCUGACAGGCCUGGAGAUAUGGUGGAUCCUUUUCAUACCCUGUUUGGAAUUGCCGGGCUAUCGUUGAUGGGAGAGGAACAGAUCAAAGAAGUGAACCCAGUGUUUUGUAUGCCAGAGGAAGUCCUCAAGAGAAUCGGUGUGCAUCCUGAGGUUUUAAGCUAGGACAGUGCUCAGAUUGUUACUGUUACCUUUCAUACCGUGAACUGAAUUUUGGAUCCAAUUAGGUAACAAACAACAUUGCAUGCCUCUAUACGGGGCCACUCAAAACCACAGCUCUGUUAACCAAUCUAAUAAACCAAUAAAUCUAAUUUUAUUUAUUAUUCAGUGUAGGAAACUUAAUUGGUCAUCCUAAGUUCACCUUUCUAUAAAGAUACAUAGUGCUGAAAGUGUUAAAGUUCAGUGCUGUGAACAAAUCACUUUAUGGUAUUCUGACACAUUAUAAAAAUAGUAUAUAGCUUUUAAAUUAUUUAGCUGUAUUUAUCAACUUAUCAAAUUAAAAGGAGCAGAUUUAAGAUCAAAGUUCUAUUUUCAUAGUUCUAAUUAUAUGCUCUAUAUUUGCAUUCUGAAACUUGAAUACACCCUGUGUACACUGUAUCAUGAGGGCAUGUCUUCACUGUAUGUUGUUGACCUCUGAUGAUAGAAAAACUGGUCCUUUUGUUUUAUGUUUUAAAAACCCCAGUGUGAUUCCUAUGUUCACGAUUCAGCUGAAUUCAAGCAAUGAAAUGAAUAGAGUAUAACCCUUCUGUAUCUUUCAAGAAUUUCAAACUGUAGCAGCCUUCGAAAGAGUGAUAGCCAAACCUUGCAACCAGUUUUAUGAUCUUAUUACAAGAAGAGGGAGCAAUGUUGUAAUAAAAGUUAAGAACAUUGAGCCUUGGUUAUCCCUCAACUCAUUAGCUUUGAAUCUAACCAUUAUAGAAUCCUAGUGGAAAUGUAUCAUUUUGUUGUGUUUUGUCUCGAUUGUGUCUUUUCUUUUUUGUGUUGUAACUUGCCACCAUGUGCCCCAGGAACUAUCACUACACCCUGUUUUAAUCUGUGGAAUAAAUGAAUAAUAAUAAAUCCCCUA